AGCGUGACGGUGACUUGACCGUUGAACCCGGAAGUUUCUGUAUCCUGUAAAUUCACAUGUGGAUUGUAGUGAAUUUGUCUUGCGAGUGGCUAAUGAUGGAUCAGACACAAAAUAUUGUCAAUAAAAGCUCUUCUAAAGAUUUGUUGACAUGCGGCAACGGGAAAGGAAUCCACGAGAAACUUCUAUUGAAGUCUAAAAGUGCUCGUUUGGAGACUCAGAAGGUGCCCAGAAGUAAUGUGUUGGACAGACUGCAGUGUUUCCUUCCCCAAAUUGCUCAGGCAAAUGCGACGUUAAGACAGCAGGCUGAAGAGGCUCCUGAUGGAUAUUUUGACAUUGAGAGUGUGGAGGAUGCAGAAAAAGUCAUUGAAAUGGAUGUUGCUCUGGUUGAGCUGGAGGACUCAAACAGCAGUGAAGAGGAGGAUGAGUCAUCAUCAUCAUCAUCGUCUGAGGAAGACAGCUCAGAGGAAGAAGUUACUGCAGAGACACUCAAACUUCCAGGACAAAGAAAACGAACAGCUAACAUCCAGGUGUUGGGAAAGGAGGGAGAGUGAAGGACACUGGCUCUGGUGAAGGACACCUGUUACUCAAAGCUGUUUCUGUGCCUUUCAUGUUUUGAAAGCCUCAAGACUUUUAUUAGUUUGACAGGACCAUGAAUCUCCUGCUAGACAGGUUCAUGUAACAGAGAGACUGGCAUUAACACAGUGGCAUAUUUGGAAAAAGAAAUGUCCCUUCUAUUGUUGGAGAAGUGACAACAGACUUAGUUUAUAUAUAUAUGUACAGUACAUUGAAUUAUUAAAGUAAAAUUAAGUGUUAUAAUAAAAAACACUUUUUUUGUAGUAUUCGUUCUUUAUUGGAAAAGAAUGGUUUACCUACAUUCUUUCAGUUGAUCAGUGUUAUAAGUUGUAAUACUGUUGCGUGUAAUGACAUUUGGCAACUGACACAUUCAGUGUGACUGUUAGCUUAUACAGAAGACUGAAACACUGAUAAUAACAUUUUCCCCUUUGUUAAAUGCAUAACAAAAGCAUCACAAGCGACCGUAAACCUUUCGCAAAUACCUGACAGCUUCACAUUGAAAGGUUCACAGUGUGUUUUUCCAUCAAACCUGUCCUAUAUUUUUGUACAAAAUAAAUUACUUCCUUGCAAAGAGAA